AAGCAACAGAAUGGAGCUCACAUACACACCUCACAAUAUAUUCUCUAAUAAUGGAAGUCAAUUUGAAUACAAAAAGGAGAAGUAACAAAGGUUAAGUCAGGCCGGUGAAUCGAGCUGAAGAUAUAACUGAGUUGUAGAUUGACAGCUCGUUUGGUAGCAAAAAAAUUGGUUGAUUUGGCUGAAAUUUAUGAAGUUCUGGCUGAAUUGGCCGAUUCUGCUGAUUUAAGGGGAAACAUAUUAAAAUAUAUUUUAUUAAUAAAAUAAAGAAAAAAUAUAUACAAAUAGCCAAAAUGGUCAUCUAUAGUAAGUUCAACCAAUCCAGCCACAAAAAUAACUUCAACCUUACUUUUUCUGCUUAUUACACAACUCAGCGCGCAAAAGUAAAAGUUGCGUGUUUGGUGAAAAAGUUGGUUGAUAAGUCUCAUAAGCCGAAAAACAUGUUGUCAAACGGCCUCUCGGUGUUAGCCAAAAUAAUGACACAAUUAUUACCUAUCACCUUUCAUUAGACCAAAAUAUGACUGAAAUGGUCUUAGACAAAAAACUGAUCCGGAUUUCACGUUUCCAUUUUUUUCUUCUGCACCUUUUUCUUCUGCGCUCUAAGACCGAAGAAGCUCCACCAUGCUCAUCGCCGAAGACCAUCCACCACGUUUCCGCCGCCACAAGCAACCAUCUCCCCAGGCCAUCUCCAUCGCAGAGAGCUUCUCGGCAAUAAACUAACUUCGCCGGCAGACCUGCCUUGCGGCAAUGAAGAAGUCGAUCCGUCUCUCAUUGCACCAGUUCGUCUUUCUUCUUCGCAUCUGCUCUAUCGUAGUCGGCAUCAUCGUCCAUGAUUACUAGAUUUUCAAAUUGUAAAAUUGAACUCCCAAAUCACCACAAAACCCUAUAUCUGAAGUUGGGGGCAUAGUGUGAUGUUGGGGCAGGGUGCAAUGUUGGGGCAAAAUUGAGUUGAAAGGGAUUGAGGCUGAGGGUCUGAGGUGGCGCUGGCGGCGACCGGCAAGGCAUGGGAAAGGCUAGUAGGCCUAGGGACGGUGCUAGGACUUCAGGGAGAGGGGCGGGGCUGGAAAGGUAGGGCAAGUGGGACAAGGGUAAAACAGAGGUUGUGCAGGCAGUGACCGGGGGUGGUGACAGGGGCGGCAGCGCAGUGAGUCGCCGGAAAAGGCCGCCGGAAAAUUUUUCGACGGUCAUAAUGACAUGUUUCACGGCUUCGGGUGUCACUGUGGCAGCAUCACUGUAGCGGCGUCACUAUGGUCGGCCGGUGACCAGCGGCGGCGACAAUGGCAUGAGCAAUACCGAGUGACACGCGACAGUGACAUGAAAAUGACAGCGUCACUAUAACGGUGUCACUAUGGCAGUGAUGGUGGCGGUGUAAUUGGCGUGAAAAAAAUUAGACGGUGCCGACUCUUAGUUAAAAAAACGAACACAGUGACAUGAAGUUUUUACAGUGACAUCAUGUUUUCUAAAUCCAUAUAUAUGACCUUCUUGAUCACUUUUUUGCCCCUUUUUAAAAGUGAUCACUUUUUUGGUAAUUGGUUCAAAAUUAGUAAUAUUCAAGUAGAAACCCCUUUAAUCAGCAGGCAGGUACUUUACUGAAACAUUUAGUCAUGUUGUUAAACUCACUACUGUUCGUCUUGUCCUUACCUUAGCCGUGUCUUUUGAUUGGCCCAUUCGCCAACUUGAUGUUCAAAAUGCUUUUCUUCAUGGUAAUUUGACCGAGGAAGUAUAUAUGCGUCAGCCUCCAGGUUUUGUUCAUCCUUAGUUUCCCCACCAUCUGUGUCGGCUUCGUAAAGUCAUUUAUGGUCUUAAACAAGCACCUCGUGCUUGGUUUAACCGUUUUGGUAGUUUUCUUCUCUCUCAUGGUUUUACUUGCAGACGGUCUGAUAAUUCUUUAUUUAUUUUUUGGCGUAAUUCUGAUAUUAUUUACCUGCUACUAUAUGUUGAUGAUAUCAUUGUUACAGGUAAUUCUCUUAAACUAGUUACUCAUUUUUUAUCUCUCCUGAAUAAAUGUUUUUCCAUGAAGGACUUAAGUGAUUUACAUUAUUUCCUUGGCAUUCAUGUUUCUCGUACUCCUUAUGGUCUGUUUCUAUCUCAGCAAAAAUAUAUAUUUGAUCUUCUUCAUCAUUUUCAUUUACAUACUUUUAAACCUGUGCGCUAACCUCUUCCUAGUCGUACUAAACUUUCCCUUACUGAUGGAGAGCUCCUGGAUGAUGCCACAGAGUACAGACGUAUGGUAGGUGCAUUACAGUAUUUGACUUUGACUCGACCAGAUAUUACUUUUGUUGUACACCUGGUUUCUCAGUUUAUGCAUGCUCCACGCACUUCACAUAUGUUGGCUGUUAAGCGUAUUUUCAGGUAUCUCUGGGGCACAUCCACUCAUGGUCUCCUCUUACAGUCUUCACGUGGCUCUACCGAGAUCAUUGCUUAUUCUGAUGCUGAUUGGGUUGGAUGUCCUGACACAGAAGCAGCCUACUGUCUCUCGCUCUUCCACAGAAGCUGAAUACCAAGCCAUAGCUUACACAGUUCACGAUACUCUUCACAUACGAUCAGUGUUGUUCGAAUUGGGAUUUCCUGUUCGCGUUCCGACUACUCUGUACUGUGAUAAUGUAUCUGCUUCAUAUCUGUCUGUUAAUCUCGUCCAGCAUGCCAGGAGUAAACAUAUUAAUAUUGACUACCAUUUUGUUCGUGAACGAGUUGCUCGUGGUGAUCUUCGGAUUAAGUAUGUUCCUACACAGGCUCAGCUAGCAGAUAUUUUUACUAAGUGUUUGUCCCCACAACGUUUCACUCUUCUUCGUGACAAUAUGCGCAUUGUUUCCCCUGCACAGCUUGAGGGAGUGUAAUAGAGUAGAUUUAUUAUUAUUUAUUAUUGUAGAACUCAUAUUGUAAUAUUGAACUCUUUCUAUUAUAAAUAUAUCUGUCAGGGUUACCAUUAAGGUUAAACCUGAUAUUAUUUUCCACAGUGGU